UACAUAAUUUUUUUCCUCGAACUACUCUUUUCAUACAUCAAUUUCUUAAGAAGGAGGCAAGGCAACCAAUCAGUGACAAAAAGCAAAAUUGAAACAAAUGACAACAUAAGCGAUUAAAAUAGAAAUUGAUGGAUGACGUGGACACCUAGAAAAAUGUUAAUCGCAUCCAACGGCCAAGAUUCACUCCAACCAUCUCUUUAUCUCUCCCCCGAAAACUCCCAACACGCACGCACAAAAUUCAGAUCGAAAUUUGAUGUUGGGGAAGCGUAGCCGCCCUACUUUCACCAGAACGGCCAGCAUGUCACGAGUCACCAUCGACGUCGCCAAUACGGAGGCGGCGCCGCCUCCUCCCUCAGCCACGAUCGGCGGCGAUUGCUAUCACAUGCUGUCACCGCGAUACGUCAGGAAGACUUAUUCCGGCGCUUUCCACGUCGACACGGCCGAUUUUCUCAGGAGCUGCGGCCUCUGCAACCGCAGUUUGGCGCCUGGUCAUGACAUCUAUAUGUAUAGGGGUGACACAGCAUUUUGUAGCAUGGAAUGUAGAGAACAGCAAAUGAAGCAAGACGAAAGGAAAGAGAGGCGUGCCGCCGCCCAGAGUGGAGAAAGCCACCACCCGGAGGUGGCCGCCACCGCCCCAGAAGUGGAGACUGUGGCGGCGGCCUGAAAAAAUAUAAGUAUCUAUCUAACAUAUGUGGUUUUUGUGUUUAGAUGUAUAUUAUGCAUGGAUGAAAUAUUAGCUCUCUUUCUAGUCGUAUUAAUGUUCCGUUAUAUAUAUGUAUUUAUAAUUAGACAUGUAUGCAGAAAAGUCUAAGGAUGUUGGUAGAGAGGCAAUUAAUGAUGCAAUUGGACUAAACACUAAUCUAAUUAUAUUUUGGCUGA